UCGUGUUGACAGUUCGUGUUUGAUUUAUGAUAAUAAAAGAGGCUUUUGUGUUGGAAUUUGUUUGUAAAUAUAGUGGAUAACAUGAUCAAUGCACCCCUCCAUUAUUCGCUCACAAUCGGACGAUAAAUUAAACUCCUAAAGUAUAACAUAUUCUCAAAAAGUAUAGAUACAUUAUUUCUAAGUUCUAUCCGGGCGAUUGAUGCAACAAUGAACAAAUAAACGAAUCUCGACAAAAAACCACACGAAUGAUGAGUGAUUUGAAUAGAGCCUGCGAGGCGGGCAUAAAUGUAGCCGGGUUUCUCGUUGAUAAUAUCGAUGAAAAUGGUCAGUUGCAGGAUAACAUUCUUGAUAAUGAUGCUAGGCAGCAAUUGGCAUCUCUCGGUCGUCUGGAUCCCAGUUCAUUCUUAGAUAAAAAAAACAGUCACGAUUCAAAUGAUGAAGAGCAAAUUGAAAACGAAGGAAUAAAUUGCCAAUUCGAGAAUGGAAAUUACAAAGACGACAUUGAUUACCAAGACAAAUCUGCAACAUCUGAUGAUUUUUUGGAGAUCAACGAAUUGGCGGAGGACAUAACCGAGGGGAAUGUUGGAAUGUGGGAGACAGAAAAAGGUGCCGUCGAUUACAAUGUAGACAAUGAGGAGAUUGUGAACAAAUCGGGUGAACAACUGAUGCUACCGCCUCCAAAACCCGAAGGAGAGUCCUCGAUCCCUGGAGAAGCUGAGAGUGCCCGACAGAGGAGGCUAGAAACUCCUCUAGCCCCACUAUUACCCUCGAAAUACGCCGGCAUCGAGGUAACAGAAAUAUUCCCCGACUUUCGGCCCAACGGAGUCCUUAGAUUCUCACGGUUAUUUAGUUCUGAUAAACCCGGUGGGUCUUCACAGUUUUGGCGAGGAGUUCGAAGAAGAAGAAAGAAGAGAAAGCAUCGGGAUACACGUAACGCAGGCUCUGAUUCUGACCAGGAUUAUAGGAAACUUAAAUUUGAUGGUUGGAAGAUGAAUUAUGGCGAAGAGCCUCCAUCAGAGCUCAUCGCCUCUGACGAUGAGGUAAAGCUGCUGAUGCCCAUGGAGGAUGAAGAGAAAGGAGCAAAGGCUGGUGAGUCUGGGGCAAAUGGGGACAUGGAGAAUGCUGCUCACUGGCGUUUUGGACCUGCACAAUUAUGGUACGAUAUGUUGGAAGUACCAGAGACUGGUGAGGGGUUCAAUUAUGGUUUUAAAAUAGGUGAGAAGAAAGAUGGCCAAACGCAUGGAACAGAGGAAGCACAAGAUGAAGAGGAAGAAUUAGCUGACGAUGCUUUUUUAAUGAUGUCUCAAUUGCACUGGGAAGAUGACGUCAUUUGGAAUGGUGACAAGAUGAAGCACAAAGUAAUGCAGAGGCUGAACAGCAAGAAAAAUUUUGCUGGAUGGGUGCCUUUCAGUGGCUGCAAAACUGUCGAGGCGUUCAGUCAGCGAGGUACUUCAGUUCCAGUGGCAUCAUUUAGACAGAACAAUACAGCUCAGGGGCAAUGUCAUCAACAGCAGCAGGGAGAGGACAUCUACGAUGACACUUGGUACUCGAUAUUCCCAGUUGAGAAUGAAGAGCUUGUUUAUGGACUGUGGGAGGAAGAGGUCAUCUGGGAUGCUGAGAAUAUGAAGAAAAUACCAAAACCAAAGAUUCUUACCCUGGAUCCCAACGACGACAACAUUGUUUUGGGAAUUCCUGAUGACGUCGAUCGUACUCUACUUUAUAAGGAGAAUGGACCCACGCCGAAGGUGAAGGUGAUUCCCCAACCUCACGUGAAGAAGAGUAAACUACUCCUGGGAAAAGCCGGACUUAUCAACAUUCUCGAAGAAGACGGACCUCCACCUCUACCUCAAUCUCCACAUCAUGAUCCAUUCAAUAUCUCCAACGAUAUUUACUACAUGCCAAGAUUUUCACAAUCACAUCUGAGGCCCAACCUUAUUCAACACAGCACACCUGUUGUGGAGCUCAGAGCUCCAUUUGUGCAGACCCACAUGGGGCCCUUGCGUCUGAGGAACUUCCACAGGCCGCCAAUAAAGCAGUUCAGUCAUGGCCCUCUAGCCCAUCCUGGUCCGCAUGCUGUUCUGCCUCUAUCUGAGCACAUAAAGAAGAAAGCCAAGCAAAGAGAACAGGAAAGAAUAGCCUCAGGAGGUGGCGACGUCUUCUUUAUGAGAACCCCCGAGGACUUGAGUGGUAAAGAUAGCAAUCUCAUACUGGUUGAAUUUUCUGAAGAGCAUCCACCAUUGAUAAAUCAGGUUGGCAUGUGUUCUAAAGUGAAAAAUUACUACAAACGGAAAGCCGGCAAGGAUCCAGGCCCCCAAAAGUACAAGUAUGGAGAGACAGCUUAUGCUCACACGAGUCCAUUCCUCGGUGUCCUCACACCAGGCGAGAGCAUUCAGGCGAUCGAAAAUAACAUGUACCGAGCUCCAAUUUACGAGCACAACAUUCCUGAGACAGAUUUCUUAGUGAUUCGAACUCGGCAGCGGUAUUUUAUCAGGGAAAUUAAUGCAUUAUUUGUUGCAGGUCAAGAGUGUCCACUUUACGAAGUUCCUGAGCCCAAUUCAAAGAGAGCUACUAAUUUUGUUCGAGAUUUUCUUCAAGUAUUCAUCUACAGACUUUUCUGGAAGUCUAGAGACACCCCGAGAAGAAUAAAAAUGGACGACAUUAAGAAGACAUUUCCCUCUCAGGGUGAAUGCUACAUAAGAAAGCAACUUAAUUCAUGUGCGUAUUUUAAGAGAACAGGGAUGGAUUCCAAUUGGUGGGUGAUAAAGCCGGAUUUUCGUCUCCCCAGUGAAGAGGAAAUUUGUAGGAUGAUUUCGCCAGAGGAGUGUUGUGCCUAUUUCAGUAUGCUUGCUGCUGAGCAACGUUUGAAAGACGCUGGUUACGGUGAAAAAUUCCUCUUCGCUCCACACGACGAUGAUGAUGAAGAACUGCAGCUGAAAAUGGAUGACGAGGUCAAAGUAGCUCCUUGGAAUACAACACGUGCAUACAUUCAAGCAAUGAAGGGAAAGUGUUUACUGCAGUUGACGGGCCCUGCAGAUCCCACGGGAUGCGGCGAAGGAUUCUCCUAUAUCAGCGUGCCCAAUAAACCAACAGUCAGUAAAGAAGGACCAGAGGCUCAGCCGAAGCAAAAUGUCGGUGGUACUGAUGCUGAUUUGAGAAGAUUACCUCUGAAGGCAGCAAAAGCGAUUCUUCGGAAGUAUGGAUUACCUGACGAAGAAAUUAAAAAAUUGUCACGUUGGGAGGUGAUUGAUGUUGUACGAACUUUGUCAACUGAGAAAGCAAAAGCUGGUGAAGAAGCAAUGACUAAGUUCUCGAGAAGAAAUAAGUUCUCCAUUGCAGCGCAUCAAGAGAGAUAUAAAGAAGAAUGUCAAAGAAUCUUCCAGCUCCAGAAUCUAGUUCUCUCAUCUGCUGAAGUACUCAGCACUGACGAGGAAGAGAGCUCAGAUGAAGACAGUUCAGACAUCGAAGAAAUGGGUAAAAAUAUCGAGAACCUGUUAUCCAACAAGAAGACAAGCUCGCAGCUUUCAUUGGAAAGAGAAGAACGACAGAGAGAGGAGUUGAGGAAAAUUUUGAUGGAUGAAACCCAAGAACUGGAAGGUAAGAAGCAAAAAGACAAGAAGAGAGGUGACGAAGAGGACAGCAGGAAGCCAGGUCAGGGCUUCAAUACUCAACCAGGUCGAGUCUUAAAGAUUUAUCGUACAUUCCGAGAUGACGACGGGAAGGAAUAUACUCGGGUAGAAACAGUACGAAACGCUGCAGUCAUUGAUACAUACAUAAGAAUUAGAAAUUCCAAGAAUGAAACCUUCAUCAAACAGUUUGCAACGCUCAACGACGAACAAACGGAACAGAUGAAAAGAGAGAAGAGGAGGCUACAAGAGCAACUGAGACGAAUUAAGAGGGUUGAGGAACGUAACAAAUCGCGUGGUGGUAGCACGUCUGCCACCAGUGUUCCUUCUACUCCCAGCAUGCUCGAUCGUAGCAAUAUCAACACCCCAACUACCACAUCCACCAGUAUCCUUCCAUUCAAUAAUAUUCCAUCCAGUUCUGUAGCCUCUAAACAUCCUAUACCAGAAAUACCUCCAACGAAGUCUCGAAGGCCUAAACUAAAAGCAGAUUCGAAAUUGAAAUGUGGUGCUUGUGGCUCUGUUGGUCACAUGAGGACCAAUAGGGCUUGUCCCUAUUAUCAAAAUAGCUUGAUCACUGGUCCUGACUAUGCCGCCAUGACUAAGAAGCGGAAGACAGAGAUUGACAAGCAAUGCACUGACAAUCUAAAUCUUGUUAAUGUCGAGGAUACUAAGAUCACAUUAUCUAUGAAACUCAUCAAACAGGCCGAGGAGUUAAAAAGACAAACUCUCCUCCCUAAAGAAGUAGUCAGCGCGAAGAAGCGACGAAGAGCACCAGAAGACCACUGUGACUACCUUAGGAAACAUGAGAGACCCGCUAAAAGACGCAGAACUGAUCCAGUUGUCGUAAUGGGAACUAUUCUUGAGAGCAUUCUAAAUGAAAUGCGUGAUCUCCCUGACGUUCAACCCUUCAAAUUUCCAGUCAGUACAAAAGCUGUUCCAGAUUACUAUAAAAUCAUCCAAUGUCCGAUGGACCUUCAGACCAUCAGAGAAAAUCUCCGACAGAAAAAAUAUCAGAGCAGAGAGAACUUCCUGGCUGACGUCAAUCAGAUCGUUGAGAAUUCAAAUUUGUAUAAUGGAUUGGAGAGCUCUCUGACAGUUGCUGCGAAGAGAAUGCUCGACACGUGUGUACAAAGACUCGGAGAAAAGGAAGAUAGACUGAUGAAAUUAGAGAAAACGAUAAAUCCUCUUUUAGACGAUAACGACCAAGUCGCACUCACAUUCAUCCUCGACAAUGUUGUCAACAGCAAACUUAAGCUCAUGGCUGAAGCCUGGCCCUUUCUCAAACCAGUGAACAAAAAGCAGGUCGAAGAUUAUUACAAUAUAAUCAAAACACCGAUGGACCUUGAGACAAUUUCUAAAAAAGUAUGUGGACAUAAAUACCACAAUCGUCACGAAUUCAUACGAGAUGUUGAACAAAUUCGGGAUAAUUGUAUUCUGUACAAUGGAAAAGAAUCGAUGUACACGAUGAAUGCAGAAGUAUUACUCAAAAUCAGCAGAGAAACACUGGAUGAGUACGAUAAUCAUCUCACUCAACUCGAACAUAAUAUUUCUCUAAUUCAACACCGUACAAUGGAGCAAGCAUAUAUGGACUCUUCCUGGCUGGGUCCUGAAGGAGAGAAUGACACGAUUGUUGAACCUCUCACUCAACUCGAACAUAAUAUUUCUCUAAUUCAACACCGUGCAAUGGAGCAAGCAUAUAUGGACUCUUCCUGGCUGGGUCCUGAAGGAGAGAAUGACACGAUUGUUGAACCUCUCACUCAACUCGAACAUAAUAUUUCUCUAAUUCAACACCGUGCAAUGGAGCAAGCAUAUAUGGACUCUUCCUGGCUGGGUCCUGAAGGAGAGAAUGACACGAAUGUUGAACCUGAAUAUUCAAGUAGCCAGAUGAAUAUCGCAGACAAUCAGUUCGGCAAGUCCAGUAUAGAUGACUUCAACUUUGCUGAUGUUCAUCCAAAGAAGAAAGAUGUUCUUGAAGAGGAUUUACAAUUCUCUAGUGAAGAUGAAUUCAUUGAAGUUCCAUGGACUGCUGACGAGCAGAGAGAGUCUGGGGAUUUGGGAGAAUUAGAUCUUGGUGAAAUGAGGAACUGCUGGGCGGUAGCUGGUGAUGAUGACAGUCAGCAAGCUGUUGAAGCAAUGGUGCAGUUGGGCAAUGUUGGGUUAUUUGGUGGAGAGCAGCAGAAAGGGAACAUGGAUGUUGAUCCCAAUUGUGAUGUUUCGGACUUUUUGCUCGCUGGUUUAGUUCCCAGGGCAAAGAAGAUCAUCACUGAUAAAGUUCACGACGAUUUAAUGGUCUCUGAAAGUGACGAGGAGCACGAUAAUACACCGGGGCAGUCCAAACCGGAGAUUCAAUCAUUGAGUCAACUUGAUGAGGAAGUGAAUGGUUAUCUCUGUUUUUAAGCAUAAGGAACAUUCAGAAAAUGUAACACUACAAAAAGUUUUUUUUAUAUGAUUUUUAAUUAUUACACACAAAUACACCGUUAUUGUUUAAAAAAGUUGAAAAUCAAAGAUUUCUAAUCGGUCAGCUAAUAUAAUAAGAUGUACUGUAA